GUGAGGCUGCAAUACAAACAGAAGAACUGACGAGUGCAGCCUUGCAGAAGUUUGUGUGGACAGUCACAACUACACCAGCAACAAGGAGGACCACCAUGAAGGAAACCUUUUGCUUUCUUUUCACCCUCUUGUUUGCAUGUGUUGCUGCAAAAAGUGACGCACCCAUAGUCCACACAGCGCUCGGGAGCCUGAAAGGUGACUAUGUGAGUGUGAAGGGGAAGGAGACUGGGGUCUAUGCCUACCUGAGUGUCCCCUUUGCCAAGCCCCCCCUUGGCCCUGCUCUGAGACUGUCUGCACCCCAGGAUGUGGACAGGUGGGAAGGUGUGAGAGACGCCACCAAGCAGCCUCCCAUAUGCAUGCAAAGUAGACAGGUUCUUCGAGAUGUGUCUGAUCUGCUCGGCGGCUUGAUUACAGAAAUUCCUGACGUUUCCGAAGACUGCCUUUACCUCAACAUUUAUACUCCUGAGAGCAGAGCUCAUGAUGCUAAACUCCCAGUGAUGGUGUGGAUCCAUGGUGGCGGGUUUGCCAUUGGUUCAACUUCAUCGUUUGAUGGAUCUGCCUUGGCUGCUUAUCAGGAUGUGGUGGUGGUUCUGAUCCAGUAUCGCUUGGGAAUUUGGGGCUUUUCCAGCACAGGAGAUGAGCACAUGUCCGGUAACUUUGGCUUGCUGGAUCAGGUCCAAGCACUCCGCUGGGUCCAGAAGCACAUUCACAACUUUGGAGGAGACCCAUCUUCUGUGACCAUAUUUGGAGAGUCUGCUGGCGGAGUGAGCGUUUCCCUGCUGCUUCUCUCACCUUUGUCCCACGGCCUGAUCCACCGAGCCAUCGCUCAAAGCGGCACUGCUGCAAUGGACGCAUUAGUGACGAAUGAUCCUCUGCCCGUAACCAAGGCUAUCGCCAAUAGAACAGGAUGUAACAUUGAGAGUACACAACACAUCGCUGACUGCUUGAAAAACCUGGAUCCGGACACCAUUUUGAAAAUUACAGAACAGGAAAAAACGAGGAAAAUUUACAUUAAUAUCGACAGAGUCUUCCUGAAAAAACCUGUGAAUGAGCUGUUUGAGAAACAGGAAAUUCUGAAAGUACCUUUCAUGACUGGUGUCAACGAUCACGAAGGCGGCUGGUUGCUUCCUGCUUAUGUCUUACCCCCAAACUGGACUGAAGGAAUAGACCGAGAGCAGUUUGUUAACGGGUUUUCUGUCUACAACCCCAAUCCUGAAGAAUCCAUCAUCACUGAUCUGUGGGUAGAUGAAUAUGUCGGAGUUGGCGAAGACCGUGUAAAAAUUAGAGACGCUUUUACCGAGAUGCUGGGAGAUAUGCUGUUUGUCAUUCCUGCCAUUAAGACUGCAAAUGCUCACAGAGAUGCAGGUGUCCCAGUGUACUUGUACGAGUACCAGCAUGCCCCUCACUUUUUGAGAGCUCGUAGGCCAAGCUUUGUCAGGUCUGACCAUAGAGACGAGGUGUUUGCCAUUUUUGGAUUUUGCUUUACCACGACCCACAUCCGAUUAACUGAUGCAUGUCCGGAAGAGGAAGAAGUACUUAGCAAGACUUUGAUGAGUUACUGGGGUGCCUUUGCUCGCACGGGGUCUCCUAAUGGGGAUGGACUUGCUCACUGGCCAAACUAUGGAGGAGAAGAACACUUCCUGGCAAUAAGUGAAAAGAAGCAAGUCACUGGUCAGCACUUGAAACAGUCUCGCUUUCUCUUCAUGACUCAGAUCCUGCCAGAGAAACUUCGACUGCAUCUGGAGAAGCUGGAGCGCAGUGAACUGUAGCAGACGGACAUCAUUUCAACCCGAUGAUCGAUUGUGAUGCAUUUACUGGAGGUGGUUAAACUGAUGAACGUAGUUAACAAUAGUUAGGUAGAUACUUUAUUGAUCCAGCAGGAAAUACUCAAAAAUCAAUGCAAUUGUAUGAAAGUUUGAAACAAGAUAUUUUCAUUGACUAUAAGAGACGUGCACUUUUUACAGUUUCAAAAAUGCUAUCCCCAAAAAAAUUAAGAAUUGAACGGGUAAACUUUAAUGAAAUGUUUCAUUUAUAUCAUUAAAUAAUGUAAAAGGGGAAAAAAAAGUGAAUGUCUCAAGCGGCGACAGGAGAAAAGCUAUACUGCAAAAUAGGAAAUCUAGAAAUAUUAAUAUAAAAAUACAAUAACAUGGCAACAGAACAAGCAAAUCCAUUUGAGUUGACAGAAUACGUAACAUUUGUUAUUUUGACAAGUCAACUGGUGUCGUUCUGAAGAAGAGAAGUCGUCUAACAUAGAAAGUGCCCAUCGAGAAAAAAUAUCAUUUGAGUACAAAAUAAGUAUCUUUUAGUUUGGGCAUUAAAUCUUGCUUGAAUUUCACUUUUUGCAGUGUAGCUUGCACCAAAAAUGGAUUUUUAGAAACAAAGAUGCUUAUCACGGAUGCUACAGAUGCAGUUUUUUUUUUUUUUUUUACUCCAUGGCACUUGAGGUAAAAGAGUAUGGACGGUCAAAUGGGACAAAAUUAAAUAAAUCUUAAAACAAUUACUUAAAUGUGUCAUUUAUAAAUCAUCAAAUCAAUCAUUUUAAUCAUAAAUACUAGAAUUGAUUAAAUAUUGCAUUUUUUCAAUAAGAUUUCUUAUCAUUUGAUUUAAAUUCUUAAAUUUAUGAUUAUUGAAGUUUACCAAUGAAACAUUUAAAUUACAUUUAAUCAUUUAUUGAUUUAAUUAUUCCUCAAUUUGAUUCCAUGGUUUAAUAAUUUAAUAGAUUGACACAUUUGUAUUAAGAUUACAUAUAAUAAUUUAAAAAAUGGUUUCAGUAAUCAAUGACUGACACAUAAGUAAUUAUUUACAGAUUUUUACCCAUUUGGCCCUCUAUAAAACAGCAGUCGGGGAGGAAUUGUAUGUACGAUUACAAUAAAAAACACAAUUACAAAGAGAAAAAAACAGAUGUGAAAAGUUAAUUAGUUUGCUUAUUUAAAAUGAGCCCUAUAGUAGUACAGAAUACAAAGCAACAAUAAGGUUAAUCAUUAAAAUUAGUCACGUAAUGAUGAAUUGGAGAUUUCUACAUUUUGGUUCAGAUGAUUGGGACACAAUUUGAAGAUGCUCAAGUACUUUUUGGUGUGCAAAUGUUAAUAUAGCUGCAGUCUACCACAAAUAUGCUGCCCAGUCUGCGCAGUGUAUUUAUUUACUAUACUGCCUGGAAAAAGUGCACUUGUUGUAGGAAAGCUACUGGGCAACAAGUCAUAACAUGAUACACAAACAUACACUCAUACAGUACUUGGUAUACUUCCAUAUGAAUUUUGAUUGAAGGGGUUUUUCAAAUAUAUAGUUAGAUAGUCAUGUAUGGGAAAAAUAGAGGAAGGUUUCUGGUGAAAGGCAAGGUAUACAUUUCAAUAAACAGAACAAGUAAUACAUUUCAAACAAUAUGCUGCAAUUUCACAAAAUCCAGUGCAAGUUGUAUAGCUUAUGUUCUACUUUUCUAACACAUCUUUCCAGUUGACAUUAUCAAGUAAGGUGUGGUGAGAUCAUGCUUCGGAUUAUUCCAAAAUGAAAAUGUUAACACUAACUCUCAAUGAGCACGAAAUCUGAAUGUCAGCGUUUGACAAGAGUUAAAACAUAGCCCUGUUACACAUCUUGCUUUAAUAAUGAAAUUAUUCAGGAUUAAAACAAUUUUGUGGGCCAAAGAAAACUGUACCUGAGAAGCUGUCUUUUUUUUUUUCCGCAGGGAUUAUCUACUGUAGCAAACUAAAGUGACAAACCAAGAGCAGCAUGUGUGUAUAGUGGAGCAUACCGGCCACUGAAUUGAAAUGCAUUAGCUUCACACACGCGGUUCUAAAAUCAGAGGCACAUACAGUUUGCUCCUUAAAAAGUGGCAUGAAAUAUCGCUCCUGUUUUUCCUGGAGGGAAUAAAUAAAUAAAUAUUGUGACCCGUUGUCAUGCUGCACUGGCCUUCCAAAGGGAGUGCUUGGGUCUGCGAGAUAAAACUGCCUUGAUUGGACAGGUAAAUUAAAUGUUUGACAAACAUGUAUAGAUAAAAGCUGGAAAACGUGUCAUGAGCUAAUAUAUAUUGUAACGCGGCAAGAGGAGGGGGAUACAGAGGUUAUUUGGGUAUAAUGUACUGUAUAUUAUUAUUAUCAUUAUGCAUUGCACUGCCGGAAGGGACCUAAAGCUGGGAUCAUCAGGAUGUCCAAGACUGCAUGUUGCGGAGCAUGGCCUCGAAUUGCUCCAUGUUUUGGGCGUGUGCGUGGGCGAGGCCGUCCGUCAGGCGGCUGUAGAGACUGAAGGACUUCAACUCCAGCCAGAUGAAUCCGAAACGGUCCUCGUCAAACAGCACGAAGAGGCCAGGGGUGCGCUCGGGACUUGUAAAGCCAUGUCCUGCAAUCAGGCCUGUCCCGUAGAAGCUGAUAUGGAUGUACAAAUAAAAAAUAAAAAAAAAGGUCAAAGUCUGGUCAAUGUUUGAACAGAUGCAGGUUUGCUUAUAGUCAAGUCAAAACACCUCAAUGAAGCAGAACACUGGACAUGAAUGGGAUAAUAUCUAAUAACAACAACCUAACAAGCAGAGAUGUAGCACCACUUUCUGGGCCUCCGUACACAAAACUCCCUCUUCCCACUCUAAACCCAAUGGUGCAGAAAUAUGGGGAAAUAACUAGAAAAGUACAAUUCAUUCAUUAACCUUAUUAGAAAAAAGAUCAGUUAGAAUAAUACAUAAUGUUGGAUAUAGACAACAUACAAACUUAAAAACUUUUAGAAGCGCUGACUCUGAGCUGAGGAGGGCUUUAAAACCGAACUGGAACAGCUCAGUGAUACCAUUAUCCUCUAAGAAGGGCAACAACUGACUGUAGACAACCUUCUCUAAUAUUUUGGAAAUGUAUGGAAAAUUAGAGAUAGGUCUAAGGAUAGAGAGGAGAGAGGGGUCGAGGCUUGGUUUUUUAAGAAGAGGUCGUACCACUGCAUGUUUAAACUCUACUGGAACUAUUCCAGAAGAGAGGCUACUAUUGAUAAUGUUAAGGACACUUGAUCCAAUAGUAGCAAAUACCUCCUUAAACAGGCGAGGUGGGAGGGCAUCUGCAGGAGAACCAGAGGGCUUCAUAUGACUAACUGUGUCAUUUAAAAAAGAAAAGGAUGGAAAAGAGAAGAGAAAUGCAGAGGAACAGAAGGGUCAUAUGAAGGCUGGGAUAAACUGGCUCUAGUUGACGCAAUUUUGUCAGUGAAAAAAUGGAGACCAUUUUCACAGAAUUCAAAAGAAGCAUCAAAACCCAACAGAUUUGGGAGCAUCAAGGACAGUGUUAAUAGUUUUGAACAGAACUCUGGGGUUGUUACAGUUAAAAGAUAUAAUCUGAGAUAGAUAUAUAUUCAUCUCUGCUUUUACAGUCAUCUGAAAGGAAAGAAGGCUUUUUCUAAAAAUGGCAAAGGACACAUGCAGCCUGUCCUUUUUCCAUCUUCUCUCUGCUCUUCUGCAUUCGCGCCUUAAGACCUUUAGUACAUCAGUAUGUGGAAUUAAAUUAUGGAGUGAAUUAAGCAAAGAAAUCAAACAAUGUACUAAUAUGAUCCAAUUCCAAGAAACUCUUCAAACUUAAAGUGUUUACAAAGUACAAAGAAGAAGAACCAUAAUAAACAUUCUGAAUGUAUUGGUAAUCUUAUUUAUCUCAACAUAUGAAAUGCAACUUACUUCACUAGUUAUUUUUAUAUUUUUUAAUCAUACUACAUAUGUAGUAUAUUGUGAAUAAAUUGAAAACAGGAAGUGAACAAAAGUGUUAGCAACUACUAAGGUAAAGGAAAAGGGGUGGGAUUAAAUAAGCUCUGCUUCUUUCUACUGGGACGGCGUGGCGCAGUGGGGAGAGUGGCCGAGCGCAACCCGAGGGUCACUGGUUCAAAUCCCACCUAGUACCAACCUCGUCACGUCCGUUGUGUCCUGAGCAAGACACUUCACCCUUGCUCCUGAUGGGUGCUGGUUGGCGCCUUGCAUGGCAGCUCCCUCCAUCAGUGUGUGAAUGUGUGUGUGAAUGGGUAAAUGUGGAAGUAGUGUCAAAGCGCUUUGAGUACCUUGAAGGUAGAAAAGCGCUAUACAAGUACAACCCAUUUAUCAUUUAUCAUUACUCCUUUUCGAACAUGUUGAAAAGAAAAAUUGGAAAUUGUGAUGUAUCAUGUUGUUUGCAUGUUCGAAAGAAACUCAAACUCAACUCCAGUAAACGUCCCACUUAAUAUGUUUACAGUACAUGCACUAAAACACUAAUUGCAUAAAGUUAAAAAUAGCUUUUUAAAACACAUGCAGAAACCUUAAUUAACUUUUUGACGGGGGACGGCGUGGCGAAGUUGCUAGAGUGGAUGUGCCAGAAAUCUGAGGGUUACUGGUUCAAUCCCCACCUUCUACCAUCCUAGUCACGUCUGUUGUGUCCUUGGGCAAGACACUUCACCCUUGCUCCUGAUGGGACCUGGUGAGCGCCUUGCAUGGCAGCUCCCGCCAUCAGUGUGUGAAUGUGUGUGUGAAUGGGUGACUGUGGAUGGUGAAAUCCCUAAAUUACUUGCAAGAGCUCCUUGAGAAAUGUUGUUCUUAAACUGUUCGACAAUUUGCUCACACAUUUGUUCACAAAGUGGUGACCCUCGCCCCAUCCUUGUUUGUGAAUGACUGAGCAUUUCUUGGAAGCUGCUUUCAUACCCAAUCAUGGCACCCACCUUUUCUCAAUUAGCCUGUUCACUUGUGAGAUGUUCCAAAUAGGUGUUUGAUGAGCAUUCCUCAACUUUCUCAGUCGUUUUUGCCACUUGUGCCAGCUUUCUUGAAACAUGUUGCAGGCAUCAAAUUCCAAAUGAGCUAACAUUUGCAAGAAAUAAAGUUUUAAAGUUUGAACAUUAAAUAUCUUGUAUUUGCAGGAUAUUCAAUUGAAUAUAGGUUGAAAAGAAUUUGCAAAUCAUUGUAUUCUGUUUUUAUUGACGAUUUCCACAACGUGCAAACUUCACCGGUUUUGGGGUUUGUAUAUUAGAUGUUACACUAAUAUGUUUUGUUACAUAUGACAAAGCUAAGACGUUAAGUUUUUUUUUAGAUCCUUCAGCAUAUAUUGAUUGACGUACAUUGUAUUGUUUUUAGUAUCUUUAGUACAAAAUGUGUGAAAGUAGUCCUCGCAUCCUUCAAUUUUUCUGUAUGCGGCACUCGCUGGAAAAAGUUUGGAUGCUCAUGGACUCGAUUAACCACAAUUUUAUGUUGUUUUUUUUAUGUCAUUAUUUCAACAAUAAUAUUUAAAAUGACUUACCAUUUUCUGCAGGUGCGAGGAUACACCUCAUUUCGAGCCAUGACUCCUAGAGGCAGAAUGAAGGGCUGCGUCUCAGGAGGACCAAUGUCUUCGCUUGGACCCGCCUGGCAACCGUCUGAACCAACGCCAUGAUUGACCUCAAGCGCCUCUGCUGAGCUAACACCGCCACAUGCUCCCUCUGCUGGUACCGUCACCAGGGCGGGAGUGUCUUCUCUCGCCUCGCUCCGGACUUGUUGGUGUACCCCAAGUACGAGUCGUGACAACUCCUCUACAUUGCGCUGAUGUUCCAAGUCCGGGAGGACUAGAGGCUGGCUCAAAUCAACAUCCAAAGUCAGUUGCCCAGCAGGGACGUUGGGGUCUCCCUGUAUAUAAAGUGCAAAAUACUGUUAGCAUUACCUUUAGCAUAUUACAGCUCAUUCUUUAAUAGCAAUUGUUACCUUUCACAUAUGAACUAAUAUGGUACCAGUUCCUGAUACCUGGGGUACCGGUCCUCAACGGUGCCAAUUUUCGGUACUUUUCUGUGUGUUCAUAAAUGUUAUUUUUUUAAUAUUGAAAUCUAAUUAUUUAAUGCAAUAGCUGAAUAUGAUAACGGUGCUGGCCAGAUUUGAUAUCUUGUUUUCAUACACUUCUGAAUCUCAUUUGCAGGUAUAUUUGACUUGCAAUUCCAAGAUGUUCGAUAGCAGUAGCGUAUUCAUACUUGCCAACCCUCCCGGAUUUUCCGAAGACUCCCAAAAUUCAGCGCCUCUCGCCAAAAACCUCCCGGGACAAAUUUUCUCCCGAAAAUCUCCCGAAAUUCAGGCGGAGCUGGAGGCCACGCCCCCUCCAGCUCCAUGAGGACCUGAGUGACGUGUCUGAGAGUGUGUCUGCCCAAUGACGUUUUAACUGUAGAAUGAUCGAGGGCAAAUUCUUGGUUUCUUAUGUGGGUUUAUUGUUAGGCACUUUCAUUAACGUCCUCCCAGCGCAGUAACAACACACAACAACAGCAGUCACGUUUACGGCUACCACUCUAGUCUGCCGUAAACAGCAUGUGACACUCUUAAACAGGACAAUACUGCCAUCUACUGUACAUGCACCAGCACAACACCUCCAGGCAACUUCAACCCUUUACCCUCCUACAUUCACAUCCCAUCUCCCCGGAUUGUAAAUAACCUAAUGUAAAAAAUCAAAUGUAUUCCUAAUGUAUAUACUUGUUCUUAUGCUAUCUGAACUCACUAUGUUCUCUCCUCGCUGUACAUAUCCUACUAAUUCACAACUACACAGUUUCAAUGUCCAUUUCUCUGUUGAUGCAAUUGUUGAUGACUGAAGUACUGAUAUCAACCAAGGCUCCUCAUCCCACCCCCAGGAAUUGUAAAUAAUUCAAUGUAUAUACUAUAAUGAUUAACUUGAGUGAUGACAGUAUUAUGCUGAUAGUAUAUAUUUGUACCACGACUUAAAAAAGUUGAAAAACUUAUUGCGGUGUUACCAUUUAGUGGUCAAUUGUACGGAAUAUGUACUGUACUGUGCAAUCUACUAAUAAAAGUUUCAAUCAAUCAAUCAA